GAACAUGUUAGUCUGGAGCCCUGUGAUAGUAAUGAACACUUAGGGUAGGUGAUGAUUUAGGGGAACACACAUGAUAGUUACUAAUGUGCAACAUAUAUCUGAAGUCGUUAGCUUGUCGUUUAUAAUGUAUAAGAAUUAAGCAGACAGACAGAUAGAGAACAAGAAGAAGCACCGAGUGAUAGUAGAGAAGAUGCUGAGACAGACAGCGCCACAGGGAGGCAAACCAAAUGGCUCGAGCAGAGACACGGUUAUAGAGGAGAGUUUCCAUUUUAGUCAUUUAAAAGAUUAGGUUUAAGUGCCUUGCUCAAGGGCAUACCGACAGAUUCUAGUCAGCUCGGGGAUACCACCAGAAAACUUUUGGUUACUGGCCCAACACUUUUAACCACUAAGCUACCUGUUGCCCUAAACAGUGUUGGUUUUGUGUUUUUGCAUUUGUUUUAAACAUGAGCUGGUUAAAAAAGAGGAUGAGUAAGAUGUAUUGCCUUUCACUGGUACGGUGAAGUGGGCUGGUGUGGAUAAAAUGCCUGGGCCGAAUUCUCAUCCCAGUCUGCCCCUACUUCCAUAGCAGCCGACUCCAGCAAAAAAUAACAUCCUCGUGUCCUGCUGGCGACUAGGGGGAAGAAGCAUGCUUUAUGAGAGUAGCAUAGCGCGCGGAGACCUAUCCUCUCUUCCUGCUAGGUUAGCACUGAAGGAAGGAUUCCCGUUUAUAUAAGGCGAUAAAAAGUCAUGCCGAAGACCAUGACCUCUCUCCAGCGAUUAGUUUAUUUCUGCCUUGUCAAUGCAGUCGGUGUAGAGUAGCCUACGAUGUGAACUUGAUAGUGAUACGCAGCCAACAACAACCAAAAAGAUGAAAUGCUUCUCCCGGUACCUACCUUACCUCUUCAGACCCUCGAGCACCAUCCUCUCCUCCAGCUGUCACACCGAAGCUGACAUCAUAUCCACGGUGGAGUUCAACCCGACUGGAGAGCUGCUGGCGACCGGGGACAAGGGAGGGAGAGUAGUGGUGUUUCAGAGAGAACAGGAGAGUAAGAACCAGCCCCACAGGAGAGGGGAGUAUAAUGUUUACAGCACCUUCCAGAGCCACGAGCCUGAGUUUGACUACCUGAAGAGCCUGGAGAUCGAGGAGAAGAUCAACAAGAUACGAUGGCUGCCUCAACAGAACGCUGCCUACUUCCUCCUCUCCACCAAUGAUAAAACAGUGAAGCUGUGGAAGGUCAGUGAGCGGGACAAGAGACCGGAGGGCUACAACCUGAAGGACGAGGAAGGGAGGAUCCGAGACCCCACCACCAUCACCGCCCUGCGGGUACCAGUGCUGCAGCCCAUGGACCUGAUGGUGGAAGCCACUCCCAGGCGAGUAUUCUCCAAUGCCCACACGUACCACAUCAACUCUAUCUCUGUGAACAGUGACUACGAGACCUACAUGUCCACAGAUGACCUGAGAAUUAACCUGUGGAACCUGGAGAUCACCAACCCAAGUUUCAACAUCGUGGACAUCAAGCCGGCUAACAUGGAGAUGCUGACGGAGGUGAUCACAGCAGCAGAGUUCCAACCCAGACAGUGUAACACCUUCGUCUACAGCAGCAGCAAGGGUUCCAUCCGGCUGUGUGACAUGAGGGCCUCAGCAUUGUGUGACAACCACUCCAAAUUGUUCGAGGAGCCAGAGGACCCCAGUAACCGCUCCUUCUUCUCCGAGAUCAUAUCGUCCAUCUCAGACGUGAAGUUCAGCCACAGCGGGCGCUACCUGAUGACACGGGACUACCUCACGGUCAAGGUGUGGGACCUCAACAUGGAGAGCAAACCUCUGGAGACCUACCAGGUCCACGACUACCUGAGGAGUAAGCUGUGCUCCCUGUAUGAGAACGACUGCAUCUUCGACAAGUUUGAGUGUGUCUGGAACGGGUCUGACAGUGUGAUCAUGACCGGCUCGUACAACAACUUCUUCCGCAUGUUCGACCGCAACACCAAGCGUGACGUGACCCUGGAGGCAUCGAGGGAGAACAGCAAGCCCCGGGCCAUCCUGAAGCCCAGGAAGGUGUGUGUAGGGGGCAAGAGACGCAAGGACGAGAUCAGCGUGGACAGCCUGGACUUCAGCAAGAAGAUCCUGCACAGUGCCUGGCACCCCUCUGAGAACAUCAUCGCUGUGGCCGCCACCAACAACCUCUACAUAUUCCAAGACAAGGUCAACUAAUGGAUAGAUGGAUGGAUGGAGAGCAACCCAGACCAGCAUAGCGCCCCGACUGGCUGAUCACACUCACCUGGGAGAGGGCCGCAAGGCUGGGAAUCUCUGGCCGCAAUGCAACUUGUGAUGAGACACUGACAGCUUUGCAGUUCUCUUCUUUCGCUCCAUCUCAGAGACUUGCACCCAUGUUGUAAAUCUAGGGUUGCCCUGUUGCAUCCAGAACACUGAAGAACGAUGGCUGUCAACAUGUUUGUCCAUUUUAAAAAUGUUCACCCUCUUAAGUUGUUGCUGUAGUUUAAGGUUAUGCACAUAAAUGCAGGGACGAUAUUUUUAUGUUCCUUAGAAGCUUUGCAUUGGGGAGAUGAACUGAAGAGACUGGCUCUACAAACUCAACCUUUGCAUCCCUGAUGACAUACCUAGACACUACUGAGAUGGUGUGCUCUUGACGCCCUCUGACCUCUCCUGCCCCUUCCGUUUCAUUUAUUUAUUUAUCUUCAUGAAGGUUUUAAAACAUGCAGAGGAAGCGAUGUUACCGGGUAGUAUUGAUUAAAACAAUGUAGCAAGCUUUUUGUUCCAAUUUUUUAAAGAACUUUACAAAAUGUCGAAUAAAAAAAAAAUAGGUACAUUA